AAGAGAAUAGCAAGGAAGAUAAGGAGGCUCUCGCCGUCUCGCACAGGCUCGUUGUUCCUCUUAUCCGCGGAGGAAGAACCUUGGCCCGACACCAUGCUCCCAAUGGCCGUCCACCCCACCACCACGCCGGCCUUGUCCCCGCGCGCCCGCGUCUCGCCGCACAGGCCUCCCAUCUCCUCCCUGGCGGACCCCUCGUCCUCCCCCUGCCAUCGCAUCGUCAGUUUCAAAAGCAGGAGGCUGCCACUUCGCUCUCUCCACAUCGCCGCUGCCGCUGCCGCCGGGGCAGAGGAAGAAGAGGCGCAACUAGGUGGAAGUGUGAACGCGGUCGACGAGGAGGAAGCGGAGAAUAAGGUGGUGGUGCCCGAGAGACAGGACCCGAUGCUGGUACUCAAGUUCAUCUGGAUGGAGAAGAACAUCGGCAUAGCACUCGACCAGCUGGUUCCUGGCUAUGGCAGCAUCCCGUUGAGCCCGUACUACUUCUGGCCGCGGAAGGACGCGUGGGAGGAGCUUAGAGCCAAGUUGGAAGAGAAAGAGUGGAUCUCGCAGAAGCAGAUGAUCAUCCUUCUCAACCAGGCCACCGAUAUCAUCAACCUCUGGCAGCAGGGUGGUGGGAACCUGUCGACAUGAGUCCCUCCCCGCCCUGUUCUUUCAACCGUGCAAAGCUUGCGUUUUGUUGGUUUCACUACAGGCUCUCUCUGUUGUUAAUGUUAAAAGUAUGGUACAUGGCCUUGUAGAUCGGUUCAAACUGUUCUCAGGUAUGGCCUUUUCCAUGGAAAUCAUCUUGUGAUUUAUCUUA